CUUUGUAUAUUUGCCAGUGUUAUACAUGCAUGCACCUGAACCGAGGAUUUCUUUUUAAACUGCUAAAUUUCUCAGUUGUAAGUUCCAUAAAUAUUACUACAUUUUAGAGCUAAAAAGUUUUGCUUACUACUAAGUCAUGCAAUAAAAAUUAUACUAAUUGGUUUGAUAUGAUAUACAAAAUUCUAGAAUUAUCGUUUUCUUUGCAGAUUCAGUCGGAGGAAAAAACUUAAAAAGUGUGUUAAUUUUUAUAUUUAUGGAUGAGUGUGUCUCUGAGUCUAAUUGACAAAUUUAAAUACAUCUAAUUAUACCAUUAUUUCGCCAUCUCUCUCUCUCUGUCUCUGAGAAUGACCCUUUUUUCUAUCCUUAGCGCCCACAAGUUCAGGCCCAAGAAGUGCCGCCUGGGAUGCCAAAAAAGCUGUUGUGCUAUUAAAACUGGUGUACUAAUUCGAUUUCUUUAAGACCUGAAUUUUAAUUUUUGUAUUGUUGUAGUUGUGUUAUUCCUUAAUUGUUAAGCUCAAUAUGCUGAUGAUUUUUCCUUUCAAUUUUGAUUGGCUAUUUUUCUGCUAAGACCUUUGUGCUUUUUCUGUAGUUGAAGUUGAAGCUACAUAUACCAAGACUAUAUUUUUAAAUGAAUUCGUCGGUUAAAAGUUGUAUCAUCUGUGUAUUUUUACUGGUUCACUACAUAGUUUUUUAUUACCUACGAAAGUAGUUCCCAGCAUAAAUAAAGGUGAAUUACUUUUGUACUCUUAUUUUUAAGUGAGGUAAUGAAAGGUUAGUGAGCAGAGAAGUAUACCACGCAAAUCGCAAUCAAAGGAUGACGUUAUAAGGUUUACAACAACAUUCUAAUUCAUCAGUCAACAACUCAGAAGGAAUGUCUAGAAACAUAGAUACUCUGAAUUUACAUCAGAAGGCUAAAAGGAAUGCGGAAGAACGAAUUGCUGAUAGAAAUUUGCGCCGUCGUACUAGAUAUGCACAAAUGUCACCCGAAAGAAAACAAUUAUUUUUGUCCCAACUACGAGAUAAAAGAGCUGAAUCGAAAAAACAAACACUCCUUCAACAGUCAAGUAAUAUAAUAGUCUCAUCUGUCGAAGUUGAUAGCCAACCUCGAAAGCAAAGUGCUCUUACAAUUUCCAAUCCUUCAUUACACCUCCAAGAAGGAACAUCUGGAGACAUAAAUAAUGUAAAUUUACAUCAGAAGACUAAAAGGAAUGCGGAAGAACGAAUUCCUGAUAGAAAUUUAUGUCGUCGUACUAGAUAUGCACAAAUGUCACCUGAGAGAAAACAAUGGUUUUUGUCCCAACUACGAGACAAAAGAGCUGAAUCGAUAAAACAAAGACUCCUUCAACAUUCAAGUACUACAGUCUCAUCUCUGGAAGUUGAUUGCAGACAUCAAAAGGGAAGCGCUCUUACAAUUACCAAUCCUUCGUUACACCUUCAAGAAGCAGGAACAUCUGGAAACAUAAAUAAUGUCAAUUUACCUCAAAAAGCUAAAAGGAAUGCGGAAGAACGAAUUGCUGAUAGAAAUUUGCGUCGUCAUACUAGAUAUGAGCAAAUGUCACCUGAGAGAAAACAAUUAUUUUUGUCCCAAUUGCGAGAUAAAAGAGCUGAAUUGAAAAAACAAAGAGUCCUUCAACAUUCAAGUAAUACAGUCUCAUCUCUGGAAGUUGAUAUCCGACCUCAAAAGCGAAGCGGUCUUACAAUUACCAAUCCUUUGUCGCACCUUCAAGAAGUUAUUUCGCAUAUAGGUCACGUUUCUGUAGCUACAAAUACGUUACUUGCUUCGAACAAAGGAAAACGUAUACUUGAUUAUUUCUCUAUCUUUGAAAUAGGAUCAACAUCAGGUACAUAUGAUGAUGAUGCUGCAGAAAACACUUUUAACUUCCAAAGUUACUUCAAAGAGAGGUAGAAAAAAUUUAGAAGUCAAUUUACAAAAUGAUAAUCUAAUGCCAAAAAGUUACAUACAUUUAACGAAAAUUCCAAAUUGUAAAUUUUGUGGAGCAAAACGGUUUCAAUAUGAACCACCAACUUUCUGUUGUGAUAAUGGAUCAAUUAAAUUGAUCUCACAUCAAAUGCCUGAAGAGUUACGAAAUUUGUUUUUAGGUGACACUGAAGAAUCUAGACAUUUUCGCACUUACAGUAGAACUUACAAUAAUAUGUUUGCAUUUGCUUCA